ACUUUGAAAGGAGUUCUAUUAAAAGUGUGAGGCAGAGGAAGACUUUGUGUAAGAACAGGACGGAGAGAAGGAGAGAGGGACGAGAGGAGAUUGAGAUGUCUGCAGAGGAGUUGAGUGGAGGAGCUAGAAAGGCAACGAAAAGUAAACUGUUUGAGUUUCUGGUGCAUGGUGUGCGCCCUGGGGUGCCCACGGGUGCCCGGAUGGCACCUCAAGGAUCAGCCAUGGGCCCCCCCGGCUCCCCGUACGGUGGUAACCCCACAGUCCGCCCAGGGAUCCCACAACCAGUUCUGGAUCCGACCCGGAAACGCUCUGCCCCACAACCAGUGCAACAGGUGGUACAGAGCCGGAGUCGCAGUGCCAAGAGACGGAAGAUGUCAGACAAGAUCCUACCGCAGAGGAUCCGGGAGCUGGUCCCCGAAUCCCAGGCCUACAUGGACCUCCUGGCCUUCGAGAGGAAACUCGAUCAAACCAUCAUGAGGAAGAGAGUGGACAUACAGGAGGCUCUGAAAAGACCAAUCAAGCAAAAGCGGAAGUUGCGGCUCUACAUCUCGAACACCUUCAACCCGGCUCGGAGUGAGACUGAAGACUCCGACAGUAGCAUUGCCUCCUGGGAACUCCGUGUCGAGGGAAAGCUCCUCGAGGAUCCUGGAAAACAAAAGAGGAAGUUCUCAUCGUUUUUCAAGAGCCUGGUUAUUGAGUUGGAUAAGGAUCUGUAUGGACCGGACAAUCACUUGGUGGAGUGGCACCGGACCCCCACCACCCAGGAGACCGAUGGCUUCCAGGUGAAGAGACCGGGCGAUGUCAGCGUCCGCUGUACACUGUUGCUCAUGCUUGACUACCAGCCUCCCCAGUUUAAGUUGGACCCUCGGUUGGCUCGCUUACUGGGAAUUCACACUCAGACUCGAUCAGCCAUUGUCCAGGCUCUGUGGCAGUACAUCAAAACCAACAAACUGCAGGACUGUCAUGACAAGGAGUACAUCAGCUGUGACAAGUACUUCCAGCAGAUAUUCGAUGGUCCCCGGUUAAAGUUCUCUGAGAUCCCCCAGAGACUGACCACCUUGCUGCUCCCUCCAGAUCCAAUCAUCAUCAACCACCUCAUCAGUGUGGAUCCAAACGAUCAAAAGAAAACAGCCUGUUAUGAUAUCGAUGUGGAGGUCGAUGACCCUCUGAAAGGUCAGAUGAGCAGUUUCCUACUCUCUACAGCCAAUCAGCAGGAGAUUGCUGCACUCGAUAACAAGAUCCACGAGACGAUCGAAUCCAUCAACCAGCUGAAGAUUCAGAGGGACUUCAUGCUAAGUUUCUCCAAGGACCCAGAGGGCUACAUUCAGGACUGGCUGAGGUCCCAGAGCCGUGACCUGAAGAUCAUGACGGACGUGGUUGGGAAUCCGGAGGACGAGCGACGGGCUGAUUUUUAUCAGCAGCCGUGGUCACAGGAAGCUGUCAGCAGAUACUUCUACUGCAAGAUACAACAGCGGAGACAGGAACUGGAGCAAGCCAUGGGAGUGCGCAACACCUAAAUCAAUCCCUCGGACAAUCAUCAUCACUGGAAUAGACACCACACUGCCUCCCAGGACACCUACAAACAGGAACCAGCCUCUGUUGCUGGCCUCUUCCCAAUUGCUUGCCGUGUAGUUUGGAUCUUGCACCUUCUCUUCCUUACAGCAGCCCCCCCUCCUCCCCCCCCCACAAACACACACACACAUACACACACACACAUACACACACACACACACACACACAAACACUCUCUCUCACACACACACACACACACACACACACACAAACACUCUCUCUCACACACACACACACACACACACACAAACACUCUCUCUCUCUCACACACACACACACACACACACACACACACUCUCUCUCUUUCUCUCUCGCACACACACACACAGUCUCUCACACACAUGCAAUCUCUCCCAGACACACACAAAUACACACACUCUCUUUCACCACACACUCACAUACACACACACACUCACUCACACACACUCUCACAUACUGUGUAAAGAACUUUCCACGCAUAUCUCCCUUAAACUUUUCCCCUCUCAUCUUGAAAUCGUGACCCCUAGUAAUUGAGUCCCCCACUCUGUAAAAAAGCUUCUUGCUAUCCACCCUGUCUAUACCCCUCAUGAUUUUGUAGACCUCAAUCAGGUCUCCCCUCAAUCUCUGUCUUUCUAAUGUAAGUAAUCCUAAUCUACUCAACCUUUCUUCAUAGAUAGCGCCCUCCGUACCAGGCAACAUCCUGGUAAACCUCCUCUGCAUCCUCUCCAAAGCAUCCACAUCCUUUUGGUAAUGUGGCGACCAGAACUGUGCACAGUACUCCAAAUGUGGUCCUAUACAACUGUAACAUGACCUGCCAACUCUUGUACUCAAUACCCCGUCUGAUGAAUGAAAGCAUGCCAUAUGCCUUCUUGACCACUCUAUCGACCUGCAUUGCCACCUUCAGGGUACAGUGGACCUGAACACCCAGAACUCUCCGUGCAAUUUUCUCCCACGGCUUUUUCAUUUACCAUACAGUUCACUCUUAAAUUGGAUCUUCCAAAAUGCAUCACCUCACAUUUGCCUGGAAUGAACUCCAUCUGCCAUUUCACCGCCCAGCUCUCCAAUGUAUCUGUAUUCUGCCGCAUUCUACGAGCGCCCCCUUUACUAUCUGCUACUCCACCAAUCCUAGUGUCAUCUGCCAACUUUCUCGCACACACACACACACACACACACACACACACACACAAUCUCUCCCCCUCUCUGUUUCUCUCACACUCACACUGUCUCUUCACCUCACCCCCACACAUACAUACAUAUUCUAUCUUCCCCACCCCCACCUACACACUGCCCUGUUGCGUGCGCGCGUGUGCACGCACACACCCACAC